AUGACGCUCCUCCAUAUCGCUGCUCUCGUCACCGUCGUUCUUCAGCCGGUGUUGGCAACCGACCAAACAGCGCCCACAGCGACUACUCUCAAUGGGACCCUUACCGGCCGCUAUCCCCCCGAAUUUGCCCAGGACCUCUUCCUCGGAAUUCCCUACGCCAAAGCUCCUCGACUUCAAAAUCCUGCGCCCUGGAACGAGUCGUGGGAAGGGUCCCGCUCGGCCGAGUACUUCGGCCCCGCCUGCUACUGCCUCACUUACCCUGAAUACAUGGCCCAUGUUAAUGUCACAACAGUGUCAGAGGAGUGCCUCAACCUCAACAUAAUCCGACCAUCGCAGGUAAGCCUAAUGACAGAGGCCAAGCUGCCCGUUGUGGUUUGGUUCUAUGGGGGCGCCUUCGUCUCUGGCUUUGGCGCAGACGGCAGCUCCAACACCUCGUACAUCGUCCAGGCGAGUGUGGCCCAGGGCAUGCCCAGCAUGGCCGUAACACUAAACUACCGUCUCGGCUUCCUUGGCUUCCCUGGCGGGGCAGAGGUGGAAGCGGAGGGUGUCGCAAACCUCGGCCUCAAGGACCAGCGCCAAGCCCUGAGGUGGAUCCAGGGGAACAUCGCCGCCUUCGGAGGCGACCCGGAGAAGGUCACGCUGUGGGGCCAGUCUGCCGGAGCCGCGUCCAUCGGGCAACAGAUUAUGGCCUAUGGCGGCCAGAGCGACGAGAAGCUCUUCCUCGGAGGCAUCAUGGUUAGCGGGUCGGUCGGUGUGGGAAACACCCUGCAUCCUACCCGCGCAGACUGCGUGCAGGCCUACCGCACCAUCCUCAACGCGACGAACUGCCUCGGCGCCGACGAUACCCUCGCGUGUCUGCGUGAGGCUCCCCUGGACCAGCUGUGGAACGCUUCCGUCGGAAUCAACACCGUCCCGACGUACUGGCCCAUGGUCGACGGGGAUUUCAUUGCCAAGCCACCGACCCUCCAGCUGCUGGCCGGCGAGUUUCCCCGCGACGUGUCCAUCCUGGCGGGGACGAACAACGAUGAAGGCCUCAGCUCGGCACAGGCGUUUGGCCCGGCCACCGAGACGGAUGAGGAGCUUGACCAGCUGCUGCGGAGUUACUUUCCCUCUGCGAAGGAUGAGACAAUUGACAAAGUUGUGCAAGCUUAUCCAGUUGGGACCCCCAGUCCGCCGUACUCGCUGCCCAUGGAUGACCAGUUUAGCGAAGCCAUGGCCGUCGCGGGCCUUCCGUGUGGCGCGCAGUAUAGACGAAUUGCGGCAAUUUUCGGCGACUUUGUGCAGAUCCACGGCAGGAGGGUCAUGGCGAGGAAGUUCGCGGAGUGUGGGAUGACGGCGUAUACGUACAGGUUUGACACGAACCCGACGUCGAUUCCUAUCGUGCAUAACGCCAUCGUACCUGGCUUUGCCACACACUCGGCCGAGUAUACGUACUUCUUCCGGUUACCCCAGGAGUACGACAUGCUCGGACGCAACCCUCCGGUUGCUAACUCGAGCUCACAUCUUGCACUGUCGCACGCGAUUGCGGCUAAGCUGAUUUCGUAUAUCUAUACCGGGGAUCCAAAUUCCUUCGAAAUCUUGUCUGUGCCAACCUGGCCAAAGUACAACGUCGAAAACCCGUCCAACAUGAUCCUUAACGCUACAGAGAUCCCCGAUCAGCUAAACACCCAUGUUGAGGCAGACAUAUGGCGCGAGGAAGGGAUGGCGUUAUGGGCAGAGUAUCCUCUGGAGCUCGACUUGGCAGGGAGUCAACCAGAUCUCCCCCAGUGAUUGAGGCGGUGAUUCGUAUUGUGAACCCAGUAUCAUGUUCAGAGCCAGAGCUAUUAUUUUCUGACGAUACUCGACUGGAGACCAUGCACGAUGGCUACCAUAUGUCUCGCCUGGUACAGGCGGGUGCUUUUUAAGAGCCUGGGUGUGUCAUGUACGAAG